CGGGGGGGGAAGCCGGGCGGCGCGGAGAGGCUGGCCGUGUGAGGGGGCGCCGCGUCUGACGGCUGCCUGCGGGCUCUUCCUCCCCUGGAAAUGCCCCUCCUGGCCGCGCCGACAGCCGGGGGCGUCAUGUAGCGCGGGAGGAGCGGGCUCCGUGGGGCGGGAGAAGCCCCUUCCCUCCGUCCGUGCUCACCGCACACACACACCCCGCACACACGCAGCAGAGAGACGCACGGCCGGCCCUUCUCCGCCCCGCUGUGCUGGUUGCAUGCCCACCGUGCCCGGUGCAGGGACGGCCCGUCGCUGAAGCAGCCCCGCCACCGGGCACCCCCGGGCACCUUCGGGCACCGGGCAGCGCCACCAUGGCCGAGGAAAGCUCCGAUGUCCCCAAAGAGUUGAUCGAAAGCGUCAGGGAUGUUAUUGGGAGGAAAAUCAAAAUUUCGGUCAAGAAGAAAGUGAAGCUGGAAAUCAAGGGGGAUAAAGUGGAUAACAGGAUAUUGGUGUUGGCAUCAUGUCGGGCAUUUCUGUUAACAUCCCGGAUUCCCACCAAGUUGGAACUAACUUUCAGCUACUUGGAAAUCCAAGGAGUAACUUCCAGUAAACCAGGUCAGUUGAUUAUGGAAACUGAGAAAUGUAAUGUCUCCAUGAAGAUGGCAUCCUCAGAGGAUGUGAAUGAGGUGCUGGCACACAUUGGGACCUGCCUCCGGAAGAUAUUCCCUGGACUCUCACCUGUGAGGAUUCUGAAAAAAGUAACUGUGGAGCCUUCAGAAAGACUGGCUAAUCUCCAGGCCCUGUGGGACAGUCAGACAGUGGCGGAACUGGGACCUUGUGGAGGCUUUUCACAGAUGUAUGCCUGUGUUUGUGACUGGCUUGGAUUUCCCUAUAGAGAAGAAGUACAGUGGGAUGUCGAUACGAUUUACCUAACACAAGAUACCAGAGAGCUGAAUUUGCAAGACUUCAGCCACCUUGACCACAGAGACUUAAUACCUAUAGUUGCGGCUCUGGAAUACAAUCAAUGGUUUACUAAGCUGUCCUCCAAGGAUCUGAAAUUAUCCACUGAUGUCUGUGAACAGAUACUGCGGGUGGUGAGCAGGUCCAAUCGAUUGGAAGAACUGGUAUUAGAGAAUGCCGGGCUUAGAACAGAUUUUGCACAGAAACUAGCCAGUGCCCUAGCCCAUAAUCCCAACUCAGGACUCCAUACGAUCAACCUUGCUAGCAAUCCACUUGAAGAUAGAGGUGUGUCAUCUUUGAGCAUCCAGUUCGCCAAACUUCCAAAGGGACUGAAACAUUUAAAUUUAUCUAAAACCUCCUUGUCACCUAAAGGGGUGAAUAGCCUUUCCCAGUCACUGAGUGCCAACUCGCUGAUCACAAACACGCUCGUCUAUCUUGACCUCUCAGGGAACGCGCUCCGCGGUGAUGAUCUCUCAAGCUUGUACAAUUUUUUGGCCCAGCCAAAUGCCAUUGCUCACCUGGAUUUAUCCAACACGGAGUGUGCACUAGAUAUGGUAUGUGGAGCCCUCCUUCGUGGUUGUCUUCAGCAUUUAGCUGUCCUUAGCCUCUCUAGGACUCUUUUCUCUCACAGAAAAGGAAAAGAAGUCCCUCCCUCCUUCAAACAGUUUUUCAGCAGCUCACUUGCUUUGAUGCAGAUUAAUCUUUCGGGAACUAAACUCCCUCCUGAGCCUCUAAAAGCACUUUUAUUAGGCCUGGCUUGCAAUCACAAUCUGAAGGAGGUGUCUUUAGACCUCAGUAGCUGUGAGUUAAGAUCAGGAGGUGCACAAGUCUUGGAAGGAUGCAUAGCAGAAAUACACAAUAUCACCAGCCUAGAUAUUUCAGACAAUGGCCUAGAGUCUGACCUCUCAACCCUUGUAGUCUGGCUUAGUAAAAACCGAUCGAUAAGACACUUGGCCUUAGGCAAAAACUUUAACAACAUGAAAUCCAAAAAUCUCACUCCAGUACUUGAUAAUUUAGUUCAGAUGAUUCAGGAUGAGGAUUCACCUCUGCAGUCAUUGUCCCUCGCAGAUUCCAAGCUGAAGACUGAGGUCACCAUCAUUAUUAAUGCCCUGGGCAGCAAUACUUCUCUUACAAAAGUAGAUAUCAGUGGAAAUGCCAUGGGAGAUAUGGGAGCAAAGAUGCUGGCUAAAGCUCUGCAGAUAAACACCAAGCUCAGAACUGUUAUAUGGGACAAGAAUAACAUCACUGCGCAGGGCUUCCAGGACAUAGCUGUGGCACUGGAAAAGAAUUAUACUUUGAGAUUCAUGCCCAUACCGAUGAAUGAUGCUUCCCAAGCGCUUAAAACAAACCCUGAGAAGACAGAAGAGGCACUGCAAAAGAUAGAAAACUACUUGCUUCGUAAUCAUGAGACCAGAAAGUACCUACAGGAGCAAGCGUAUCGGCUGCAGCAAGGCAUUGUCACCAGCACCACUCAGCAGAUGAUUGACAGAAUAUGUGUAAAAGUGCAAGAUCAUCUCAACUCUUUAAGAAACUGUGGUGUGGAUGCUGUACAGGAAGAUGUCAAAUCUGCAGAACGACUUAUGAGGGAUGCCAAGAACUCCAAAACGCUCUUACCAAAUCUGUAUCACCUCGGUGGAGCUGCUUGGGCAGGAGCAAAUGGUUCACUCUCCAAUCCAAUCCAAGAAACACUUGAAUCCAUGGCUGGAGAAGUCACAAGAGUUGUGGAUGAACAACUUAAGACACUCCUUGAGUCUAUGGUGGAUGCAGCAGAAAACCUUUGCCCGAAUGUGAUGAAGAAAGCUCGAAUCCGUGAAGACCUGAUCGAGGCAAGCACUGAGAAGAUUUCCAUCCCACGCACUUUUGUGAAAAAUGUCCUCUUGGAGCAAUCUGGCAUUGAUAUCCUCAAUAAAAUUAGUGAAGUAAAACUGACAGUGGCUUCUUUCCUGUCUGACCGAGUCGUAGAUGAAAUCCUGGAUGCACUUUCCCACUGCCAUCACAAACUGGCUGACCACUUGACCAGACGUGGCAAACCACUUCCACAGCAGGAAUCACUAGAAAUAGAGUUAGCUGAAGAAAAGCCAGCUAAGCGCUCCAUCAUCACGGUUGAGGAGUUGACAGAGAUAGAACGUUUGGAGGAUCUAGACACCUGUAUGACUCUCUGCUGUACAAGUAUGACUCCUAAAUCAAAAAGGAAAAGCAUCCACAGUAGAAUGCUUCGGCCAGUAUCCAGAGCUUUUGAGAUGGAAUUUGAUCUAGAUAAAGCACUGGAAGAAGUACCUAUCCAUAUAGAAGACCCACCAUUUCCUUCCAGCAGGCCAGACAAAAGAACUUCUGGAUUCAUUUCCGAGCUGCCAUCAGAAGAAGGGAGAAAACUGGAACACUUUACAAAAUUAAGGCCCAAAAGGAAUAAAAAGCAGCAGCCCAGCCAAGCAGCAGUGUCUGCUGGAGUGCCUCCAGAAGGGGAUCAGAACGGCCUCAUGGGGAGGGUGGAUGAAGGAGUGGAUGAAUUUUUCACGAAGAAAGUGACAAAAAUGGAUUCAAAGAGACCAUCAACUAAAGGUUCAGACAGCAGUGAGCCCAGUGAAGCAGGGGAUGAGAAGAAGAAAAGAGACUCAAGGAAGAGUGGCUUCCUUAACUUAAUUAAAUCAAGAGGAUCCAAAUCUGAACGUCCCCAGACUGUAACGGUGGCAGAGGAGCCUUCUUCACCCAAAGUUGCUGCAAAAAGUCCAGCUGUGGACACAAGCAAGAAGGAGGUAAAGCCUGCAGAGCAGAAUGGUGGUACAGAGCGCUCUGAGGAAUUAAAGACACCAGACUCACUGGAGGAGGCACAGUCAGACGAUGCAGCAAAAGCUGAGAGGGCUGACAGCAAAGGAAGCCCACAGGGAGGCCGGAGGUACGGCGUGCAGGUGAUGGGCAGUGGACUUCUUGCAGAAAUGAAAGCCAAGCAGGAGAAGAGAGCAGCCUCUGCUCAGAAGAAACUUGGGAAUGACACAACUUCCAGAGAGUCCUUUGACACGGCACUGAGCUCAGAACGACUGGAUGAAAGUGGUACAGUGCCUAAACUCCAGCAGACCCUUCCAGAGACUCGAUUUGCCUCAAAUAAAGGAGACUCCAUCUCAACAUCAUCAGAAAAAAACUCAAAAGCUGAACCAAAGGCAGAAGCUGGUGCAAAGGCAAGAGGUUCUUCCAAUACACCAACCAGCCCAAAGCCCCCACUGCAGUCAACAAAGCCCAGCCUGGCAGGACGACCCACGGUGCCGCAGAAACCACGCUCUGCCUCUCGUACUGAGGAUGCUCCGGAGUCUCCCUCUGGCCCCAGUUCCCCAAAAGUUGCCCUGCUUCCACCUGUGCUGAAGAAAGUUCCUUCUGAUAAGGAAAAGGAUGGCCAGAGCAGCCCCUCAGUCAGAUCAUUUUCUCAAGAAGCUGCGAAAAGAAGCCCUGGGCAGCAGUCUCAUGAGUUCCAGGAGGUGAAGCAGAGGUCCCUAAGUAAAGACGGGCAUCAGGGCAGCAAGUCGAGUGACUCUGGUGAAGAAGCAGACAAGGAUUUUAUUUUUGUGUAGCAGUGGGUGCAAGUGCUUCAUAGCACCAGGGCCUGUUGUCACAAUCAGGGUACAGCAAUCGACAGCCCUUCUGGCCAGCUGCUCUUCCACCACAGGUACAUUUCCACACAGAAAAACCUGAUCUUCCAAUGGUGAUUUACGCUCACUUGGCAUCGAUUUGGUCCUUGAUUUCUGUUCUGUGCAGCGCAGACCUUCCUUCCCAUGCCUUUGCUAAAACCAGCGACUCUCUCGUGUAUUCUACUUGAAUUCCUCUCUGAAGCAGCUAGCAAGAGUGCCCUGCAUUAGGGGCACUCGGGAAGCAAAGCAAACUAACUGGACCUUGUCUUACACUAAUACACUGUACAGCAGGUAAUGUGUUGUACUGCUGAAUGUAAAUGUGUCAGAUCUGCACGUGACUUACCUAUAAAUAUAUUCCUGCAGUAUGCAAUUGCACAUUGUAAUUAUAUUAAAAGAGCACACUAAUAAAAUAAUUUGUAUAGAUUAUAUAUAUUAAAUGCUUGGGUAUGGUUUUUACAUUCUCCCAUAGGGAGUCUCUUUCUUCCUGUUCUCAUACUGUACAUAAGGCUCCAACGCUUCCAUUUGUGUACCGUCAAAAAGCACAACAGAGCAGGAUCUGGAUGAUGUAUAAUCAUGGUAUUUCCUCCACGUCCAUACAUUAAUGUAUAUAGAUGAUUGGAAUGAGGGCAAUGGGAAUUUUAUUAAUAUUGAUGUUUUCUAGGGGCCUUCCUCAGUUCUGUCUGCAUAUUAAGCUUCUUUCCAAUGUGUAAUUCUACGAGACAAAUAGUUCCAACAUCUGUAAAAAGGUCUCAGCUUUUGAGGGAGGGGGGUGAAAAUUUCACAGCUACCCACUUACAUUACAGGUUGAAGGGAUUUUAUUCAUAUGUAUAUUUGUAACAAUAAAAAAAGGAUUUUACAA